AUGGCUUCCAUAGCUUUGCACAUGUUUCAGUAUCUUGGAAGCCAGUUUGAGGAUGCAGGUUGCAUUGGCUUUGACACUCAUUUGAAUGCCAUGAGACAGAGAGCAUAUAUAUGUACAGGGAGAAUCCCCGAUGCUCACAACGAGGCCGACGGUGACACGGCUUGGCCAGCCAAUCACAUCGCAGGAUACGGGGAUUCCCUUUCCUUCCGUGCGGACGGAAUAGACGCGCACGUCAAACAACAGGUGACGGAAAAAAUCUGGCGUGGCGAGUAUGUCGACCUCGGCACAAUCCUACCAAACACCGAGGGAAGUCACGAGGACGGUACGAUUACCAUGGCGUAUGACUCCUCAGACAACCUCCAAGUAUCCCCAAUAGGCCUGGUGCCCAAGAAGCAGCCAGGAUAUGGUCAGCACCUGGGUAAGCAUGCGGAGGAAUUCCGUCUAAUUCACCAUCUAUCCUAUCCCAGGGGUAAAUCUAUAAAUGACUUCUUAGACACAGAGGCCUGCUCCGUUGUGUACGCCAGAUUUGAUGAAGCUACCCAUAUGGUUCAACAACUGGGAAAGGGAGCACUACUAGCAAAAUUCGACAUUCAGUCGGCCUUUAGAAUUAUACCAGUCCACCCAUCCGAUUUUGAGCUGCUAGGCAUCAGACUCGAAGGUGAGUUCUAUUUCGAUAAAUGCUUACCAUUUGGCUGCUCCAUAUCUUGCGCCAUAUUUGAAAUGUUUAGUACCUUCUUGCAAUGGUGCAUGCAAUCGCAUCUUCCAACGUGUCCGAUCAUGCAUUACCUGGAUGACUUCCUAACGGGGGACACAGCAGGCACCAGCCACUGCUCAGACAACCUCAACGGAUGCGUGAAUACACUAGAACAGCUUGGGGUUCCUAUUGCGCACGACAAGACGGUGGGCCCCACAACCAAACUGACAUUCCUAGGGCUGGAAAUCGACACCAUUGCAAUGCAGAUCAGAAUCCCAGAGUCCAAGAUCAAGGAGGCAACAAGGGAAAUCCAAGACAUCCUGUCAACAGGUAACAUCAAGGUCACAAAAAGGGCCCUUCAGUCCCUCAUAGGCAAGCUUAACUUUAUGUGCAGGGCUAUACCAAUGGCAAGGUCAUUCAGCCGCAGGCUAACCGAUCUGCUUAGCAAAGGUAAGCAACCAUUUCACCACAUUAGGAUUACCAGCUGGGUCAAGGAAGACCUACAAAUGUGGUUAACAUUUCUUACGAGUUAUAACGGCAUUUCAGUGUUUCAGGACCAACUAUGGGUGGACAGCGAUUUCCUCAAGCUGUUUUCAGACGCAGCGGGUGGCACCGGCUUUGGGGCCUACAUGCAGGGCAAAUGGUUUAACGGUGCAUGGCCACCCCAGUGGGUGACGGAUGGAACUACACGGGACUUGACGCUCCUGGAGCUGUUCCCCAUCACACUGGCCAUCCAAAUCUGGGGCAAGCAACUCACAAACAAAAAGGUCCUCUUUAACUGCGACAACCAAGCCGUCGUAACAAUAAUCAACAAGCAGUCAACCAAGGCCGCCAGAGUGAUGAGCCUACUCCGUCCCCUAAUCCUGCAGUGCCUCCGAUAUAAUAUUAUGUUUAAGGCAAAGUAUGUAUGUUCCACUGCUAACACUAUUGCCGAUGCUCUCUCGAGGUUUCAGCUCAAACGCUUCCGAGAGGCAGCACCAGCCGCGGACCAGAACCCCACACCUAUCCCGUGCAACAUAUGGCUGAUCUGA